GCGAACCCCCGAACCCGACCCAUCGUCAGCGGUAAAUCUAGUCAGUCGAUAAAACACCCCCCUUUCACUCGCAGAGCAAAAAGCGCAACCGCAAUCGAACAAGAUCGAGAUUGAAGGAGAAGAGGAAUUAAGUGAUCGAGAGCUGGGAAUUUUUAGGGUUUUGAAGCAACGUCAACAACCAAAAUGAUCGGAGUCGGGGCCAAGCCAAAGCAAUACAGCAACGUCCUCGACAAACCCCUCAGCAGAGGCAGGCAAGAGGUUAGCUUGAGUGCAUUUGCCUUCCUGUUUUCUGAAAUGGUACAAUACAACCAGACACAAGUCGAUAACAUUGCAGAGCUCGAGCGACGGUUAGAGGCUGCUGGCUAUGCUGUUGGAGCAAGAGUACUUGAACUUCUUUGCCAUAGAGAUAAGGGAAACAGAAGGGAGACACGCUUAUUGGGGAUACUGUCGUUUGUACACAGUACGGUGUGGAAGGUUCUAUUCGGAAAGGUUGCAGACUCACUUGAGAAGGGAACUGAACAUGAAGAUGAAUACAUGAUCAGUGAAAAAGAACUUCUGGUCAAUCGAUUUAUUUCCAUACCAAAAGAUAUGGGGUCAUUCAAUUGUGGAGCUUUUGUGGCUGGAAUUGUGAAGGGUGUCUUAGAUAAUGCAGGUUUUCCUGCUGUUGUCACUGCACAUUUUGUUCCUAUGGAAGGCCAACAAAGGCCACGUACCACAAUUUUGAUCAAAUUUGCUGAGGAGGUACUCCGAAGGGAAGCAAGAUUUAGCUAAGCUUCUGCCACAGAUCUCAUUUGCAUUCACAUGUUCGAGCUCUUCGUACGUACAGCCGUGAUGUCAAAUGUCGUUAGUGGCGGGAAGCACAAAUCAUUUUCAGUUGUUUCACCGAGAAACUCCAUAAACUAUCAACUGUCCUACUUUUUUACAUGUAUCAGUGUAU